GCCUCCUGACGGGUUCUCGGGGCACAGAACGGGUGUGUUUCCGGGCCCGAGCUCGGCCCUUGCCCGGCGCCCUGCUCCAGCCGCUGCCCGCGCCCUGCGGGGCGGGAAUGCCAUGCCGUCGGCUCUGCUCCGCGGCCGAUGUAUUCCCAGAAGUGGAAUUACCGGAUCAUAUUUUAAUUGUUUGAGGAACCUUCAUACUGUUUUCCACAGUAGCUGUGCAAGUUUACAGUCCCACCAUCAUUGCACAUUUUCUCCACAUCCUCGCCAGCAUUUAUCGUCUUGUCUUUUUGAUGCUAGGCCUUCUAACAGGCAUGAGAAUCUGGUAGCUCACAGAUCAAGAAACCUACAUUUAUGGAUGAGGAAGUCCAAACCAUACUCAUCAAGAUGACAGGCUUGAAUUUGCAGAAGGUUUUUAAGCCAGCUAUACAAGAACUGAAGCCACCAACCUAUAAGCUAAUGACCCAGGCACAGCUGGAAGAGGCUACAAGACAGGCAGUUGAGGCAGCUAAAGUACGAUUAAAAAUGCCACCAGUUCUGGAAGAGCGAGCGCCAAUAAAUGACGUGUUAGCUGAAGAUAAGAUUUUGGAAGGAACAGAAACAGCCAAAUACGUGUUUACUGAUAUAUCAUACAGCAUACCACACCGGGAACGUUUUAUUGUCGUCAGAGAACCAAGUGGCACACUACGCAAAGCCUCUUGGGAAGAACGGGACCGGAUGAUACAAGUUUAUUUCCCAAAGGAAGGUCGCAGAGUUUUAACACCAAUAAUUUUCAAGGAGGAAAAUCUUAAGACAAUGUACAGUCAGGACCGGCAUGUUGAUGUCCUUAAUCUCUGUGUUGCCCAGUUUGAGCCAGAUUCUGCUGAAUAUAUCAAAAUUCACCAUCAGACCUACGAAGAUGUAGAUAAACAUGGAAAGUAUGACCUUUUACGUUCAACAAGACAUUUUGGUGGAAUGGCUUGGUAUUUUGUAAAUAAAAAAAGGAUUGAUGGCUUACUGAUUGACCAGAUUCAGAGAGAUUUAGUCGAUGAUGCCUCCAGCUUGGUCCAGCUGUAUCACAUUCUGUAUCCAGACAGCCAGUCAGCUCAAGAGGCCAAGGAGCAGGCUGCUGAGGGAUUACAAUUAAUUAAGGUCUUUGCAAAAACAGAAGCACAGAAGGGAGCAUAUAUAGAAUUAACACUGCAAGCUUAUCAAGAAGCAUUCAUUAGCCAUUCUGCAGCUUCCUGAAAAUAUUUUUUAAAUAAAUUUCAUUUUAUUAAAUACUAACCAGCUUUCUCUGUUAAUAUUGAGCUGAAUGCUUCAAAAAUGUCAGAAUUAAAAGGUAAUGAUUUGGAGUUCCCAAUAAAAUUGUUUUUUAAAUUCUAAA